CAGCGACCAGCUUCCGUUCGUUCUGUGUCCAGAGAUAUCCCAUUGCUGAUGGCCACACUGCUGCCACCAGACACCCAAGUGGGCGGCCGACCGCGCUCGAUCUUCUCGCUCUGGCACCUACUCUUCUGGCCUUGCGAGCUGCUUACGUACACGACGCUGCUGUGCGUUCUUGCCCACGUCGUCUGGACAUGCGUCGGCGUCUGUCUUCUCGGGCUCCUCGCCCUCUGCGCGGUGAUGGUCGAUGGCCCUCGCCUUUUGCUGGCGUACGAUGGCGUCGACAAUGUCGUGAUGCGCUACCAUAUGUGGCUGUUUGCUUGGCUCAAGGUCGACGUCCGUUUCCACAACCACGUGUGCUUGACGUCCCAGCGCAUUCCGCUGCACGAAGAUGACGAUGCAAGUACGUACUUGUGCGCCGAGCACAUGCAACCCCGACUCAUUGACGACGCAUCGACCGCCGGCGUCUUGCGGCUCGUUGGCUAUCUACUGGUCGUGCGCACGGCCCUCGCCUGUCUCGCGAGCGUCUGGCUCGCACUCGCUGUCUGGUCGGUCGCUCAGAACUUCAUUGCUGGCUUUGAUGUGCUUCGCGCCGUGGUCAUGCACCUGGACGUCGUACCAGAAGCGGUGCUUCAAAUUGCAUUCGUUCCGGCGUGGCGCUGGGAUUUGGGUCCGCUCUCGCUGCUGCUCGUCGUCGUCGGUCUCUGGUACCUAGUGCUACUCACGCGGCAACCGCUGCUGCAGCUCUUGACCGGUUGCACGCGUCGGUUUUGCUGCGUCGUUGUCUGUCGGCUGCCUCAAUGUGAAGGUAACACGCGUUCCGUCUAAGUAACUCAGUAAUACUAUGCAUUUGCUCUGUCCUUACGUG